CCUCAAUAAUUCCAAUCAAUUGUUUUCUAUUAUGAUAUUUAUUAUUGCACACGCCUAUUAGAUGCAAAAUGACCGCUAUAAAAUACGGCAUACAAAUUAGCUCUGCACGUAUCACCAUAGCUACUAUUUACAAAUGGCGGCGCCCAUACACUAAUUGUAAACAAGUUGGAAAGCGUUCUACAAAAAAGUGAAAUGCCAGAGCACACAGAAGAAAAGAAAGGCAAGAAGGUAGAGGACACUGGUCCUGUGAUCUUGAGCGGGGUGUUUGUGUUCCCCAAUGGUGACAGAUAUGAGGGCGAGUACAUACAGCAAGACGGAAGCAUCAUCCGCAGCGGUCGCGGCGUCCACUCAACCACUGACGGCAGUGUCUACGAUGGCGAAUGGGCCGACGACAAGAUGAAUGGCGUUGGCAAACUUACCCACCACAGUGGUGCAUUCUACGCCGGCGAGUUCGUGAAUAACCAGUUCCACGGACGGGGCGUGUACACUUGGCCCAAUGAGUCAUCUUAUGAGGGGGAUUUUGUGGAGAACAAACUCGAGGGUAAGGGUAAUUUUACGGAUACCGAACAACAGACCUGGACAGGGCAGUUCCGGUACAUGGCUGCCCCGGGCCUGCAUUUCCAUCUGAGACUCCAAUAGCACGUGACUCUUUCCCCGCCAUUGUUCGGUGAUGUCAUCCAUUUUUAGUGAACGAUCAGUGAUCAUCAUUAUCAUGUUUAAAAAUAAAUUGUGUACAUUA